AUGGCCAAGUCUAAGCACAGGGAAAUCAAAAUAUGGCAAUGGAAUUGUAAAGGCUUAGGACCCAAAGCUAAGAAUCUGCAGUUCUUCAUAAACGGUGACGGGCCGGCAGUGAUGGCGCUGCAGGAAGUCAAGACAAUAGCGAAGGUAACGGGGUAUGACGCGUACUUCAAUAGCAUGGAGAAACCGGCGGUAGCUACGCUCGUCAGUAAGAACUAUACGGCGAUCGUGCACGAUACGGAACAAGACAUCGAUAACGUUCUUUUAGAACUGGUGCCUAAAAGAAGAGGAAGAAACGAGAGCGUUUUCAUUUUGAAUGUAUACUCGAGGAAACAAAAGGACGUUUUCGAGGAACUCUUCAAAGAAGCGAUUAAGGCCGCGGGAGACAACGCACUGCUUAUUCUCGGGGACUUCAACGCCGCACACGAAAGCUGGGGUUACAAAUACAGCAAUGGCAUGGGGAAGAAACUCUUGGAAACAAUUGAAGAGGAGGGGCUUUCGAUAGAGAACGAAGUAUGGAACCCGACGAGGACGGGCGGCGGGCGAACCAGCGACACGAGUCCGGACUUGACGAUCUGCAAGAACGUAAAAGUAAAAUGGUCAAACACAUGCGAAAAUUUGGGAAGCGAUCACUAUAUCAUAGAGAUAGAGAUGGAAACGGACCUCAGGGAAAGGAGCAUAGGCAAGACCAGACACACAAACUGGGAAGACUUUAGAAAGGACGCGGAGCUCGACGGCGUUACGGACCCGGUCGUCUGGGCGAAAACGAUCAAGGAAGUGAUGAAGAAGAACACCAGCGAGGUAAAGCUGACGCCCAAGUACCCCGCGGCGGAUAGCAAGGUCAUGGCGAUGUGGGACGAACGUCGGAAGCUCACGAGGAGAUGGAAGCGGCAGCGAUACAACCGCAAGAUCGGAAAGAGAGUGGCGGAAAUGGACCGGCAAAUAGAAGAGUACGCGCAGCAACUUGCUCGGCACAACUGGGAACAACGGUGUGAAGAUAUGAAGAAAGGCACGGGACUCGGCAACAAGGAUACGUGGGCUUUGCUCAACUAUCUCGUGGAUCCGACCAAGAUGAGGAGCGAAGGAAGCAAGACGAUGCAAAGAAUCAUUCACCAAUUUAAGGGAAUCGAUCACGAACUCAUAGAGUACGUGCGACAAAGAUACAUCCCGGACGGAACGAGAGCUGCCGGAGUAUUCAGGCAGACCAAACCAGGAAUUGGACGAGAAGAUUAG